AUGCAUCAGUGUUUAAGGGAUUCGCUGUUGAGCCGUCUGGAAAAUGUUGUCGCUGCAGAAAGGCACGAAGUAAAUGAGCGGCUAGCAACUAAUGGUGUGCCAGUGGGCCAGUACCUCACUGAAAUUGCUGCUAAGCUUAUCUGGGUUCGGCGAAAGAUUAAUAAAGCGGAGAAUAUCUUGAUAGUCUGCAAUGAAUUACUGGGCGAUUUAACGGCCUAUCCAGAAGUGGCGAGAAAAAUUCAAAAUGAAAUCGACGAAAUGCGUUCGUUGGAGUCGGAUCUAUUCGGCAAUUGGUACAUUAUAUUUUCUAGAUUUUAA